AUGGCGACACUACACACUCCAACAACCGUCGAGGCCUUCCGAGAGGUCUUCGCUUCGGUUCCCGAUAAUAUCCUACUUGCAAUCUCCUUUCACACAUCAUGGGCUGCUCCCUGCAGGCAGAUGAACGAGGCGUUUGCCGCCAUUGCCGGCUCUUCUUCACCCGACAAGGCCGUCUUCAUCUCCAUAGACGCCGAAGAAGUCCCCGACGUCUCCGAGGAAUAUGAAGUUUCCGCUGUUCCUUUUUUCGUUCUCGUCAAGAAUCGCCAGAUCUUACGUAAGAUCUCUGGUGCAGACCCGAAGGAACUAAACGAAGCCAUACAGUCGCUCAGUGGUGCUGCCGGCAAGGUCCUCCUUGCCAUCCCUCCUCCACAACAGGUUGCUGCUCCAGCUAGCAGUAACUAUGAUUCUGCCGCUGCUGGUGGUGCAGCCUCUGCAGACCCCAACGGUACCACAGAUAGCGCCACAGCAGAUGAUGUUGAGUUAGAGGAGGAGUCAUUACAUGAACGCUUAACAAAACUUGUCAAUGCUGCCCCGGUCAUGCUGUUCAUGAAGGGUACCCCGGCAGAACCCAAAUGUGGAUUCAGCAGGCAGCUUGUGGCUAUUCUUCGGGAGCGUAAUAUUCGGUACGGGUUCUUCAAUAUUCUCAAGGAUGACGAGGUUAGACAGGGAUUGAAGGAAUACAGCGAUUGGCCAACUUAUCCCCAGCUGUACCACGAGGGAAAUCUGGUGGGAGGGUUGGAUAUCGUCAAGGAGGAGUUUGAGAAUAACGAAGAGUUCUUGAGCGAGCAGGUGGUUCCAUCGUGA